CGUGCUUCAUGAAAACAGGAGGGCAACCGUGGUAUAUGCGUAACUUCUUGGAGUUCAGCACAACGUCAAGAUAUCUAUAAAUACAAUCUGUAUUGGCACAAUGACAGUCCCAGCUAGUCCAAAGUUUAACGAAUUAUACGAAUUAAAGGAAGAGUUAGGAAAAGGUGCAUUUAGUAUAGUAAAACGAUGUGUUCACAAAGAGAAUCGUAUGGAAUUUGCUGCAAAAAUAUUUAAUACUAGAAAAUUAUCAGCUAGAGAUUUACAAAAACUUGAAAGAGAGGCCAGAAUAUGUCGUAUGCUGAAACAUCCAAAUAUAGUUCGUUUACAUGCUAGUAUUCCAGAAGAAGGCGUGCAUUAUUUAGUUUUUGACUUAGUAACUGGUGGAGAAUUAUUCGAAGAUAUUGUUGCUAGGGAAUAUUACAGUGAAUCAGAUGCAAGUCAUUGUAUUCAGCAGAUUUUAGAGAGUGUUUUGCACUGUCAUCAACUUGGCAUUGUCCAUAGAGAUUUAAAGCCUGAAAAUUUGCUUCUUGCAAGUAAAGAAAAAGGAGCUGCAGUUAAGCUUGCUGAUUUUGGACUAGCUGUUGAGAGUGAUAAUGAAAAAUUCAUCUGGCAUGGGUUUGCGGGAACUCCUGGUUAUUUAUCACCUGAAGUCAUACGAAAAGAGCCUUAUGGGAAACCGGUGGAUGUGUGGGCAUGUGGUGUUAUUCUUUAUAUUCUCCUUGUUGGUUAUCCACCAUUUUGGGAUGAGGAUCAACAUCGAUUAUAUGCACAAAUAAAAGCUGCAGCUUAUGAUUAUCCUUCGCCUGAAUGGGACACUGUAACACAGGAAGCUAAGGAUUUAAUUGACAGUAUGUUGACAUUGGACCCUCGAAAGCGUAUGUCUGCGUCAGACGCACUUAAGCACCCAUGGAUAGCUGAUAGACAGUCUUACGCAUCUACUUUCCAUCGACAGGAGACCAUAAAUGGACUAAAGAAAUUCAAUGCACGCAGAAAAUUAAAGGGAGCCAUGCUCACAACUUUGCUUGUGUCAGCAGGUAACAAAGUUUUAGGAGCUUUUGGUCAGAGUAAAAAGAACACAGAAGCUGUUACAUCAACUCCAACUGGAAUAGUCAUGGGAAGUGGCACAGUCUUAAAGAAAAAGACGGCGAGUGAAUCAGACAACAAUGUUGAAAUGAUUGAAGCGGCAGCAAAGGAUAAAUUGUUAAACGACAAAAUUAGAAAGAAUUCUGAUGACGAAGUUAUGAUUCAAGGUGCUGAUGAUGAUGAUUUGAGAGCUUCUAAAGAGCAAGAAAUAAUCAAACUCACUCAAAGACUGAUCGCUGCUAUUACGAUGGGCGACUAUGAUACAUACACGAGGCUUUGUGAUGAUCGCAUGACAUGUUUCGAACCAUGUGCGAAAGGAAAUCUUGUAGAAGGACUUGAUUUUCAUAAAUAUUAUUUUGACAAUUUGUUAAAGAAUCAGCCUUCGCCAAUUAAUACAACUAUUCUUUCUCCCCAUGUUAUACUACUGUCUGACGAAGCAGCGUGCAUCAGUUAUAUUCGAUUAACUCAGAAUAUCGAUAGCAAUAGCAAGCCGGUUACAGUGCAUUCAGAAGAGACGAGAGUUUGGCAAAAACGUGGUUCAUUAUGGGUUUGUGUCCACUUUCAUAUAAGUAGAAAUAGCGAAUCGUCGUAGACAAGGCGUGACUGUUUUAUCGUCGCCAAAACAAUUUCAUAAAUAGAUCGUAUUGCUGGACAAAUAAAAAUUAUAUUUGUCUGACACGGCUUAAUUAGUGACGUCAAGCAUGAACGUUGAGCAUUCUUCGACGUCCGACUUGCCGAACGGCGGCGACUAAAAUAUAACAAGCGAAUUUGUUAAGUUUUAUGUGAAGUAAGAUGUUUGAUUUUGGGGUUUAUAUAUUGAGAAUAAAAAGUUAAUUUGUGAGAAGAAAUUUUUACGUCAUUUUUAAGUCUAAAUUGUUUAAAUAUUGUGGUGUUUUUGUUUUUGCGUUGGCUUUUUUUUUAUUUAUUAUUUUUUAUGUUAUUGUUGCUGUUAUUUUGAUGAAAUUGAAACAAUUUUUUUUUUUGAAUUUCCUAUUAUUUUAAUUGUAUCCAUUAAUCAUUACUAUUUUCUUUUGUAUAUAUUAUAUAUAUGACGAUUUAAACAAUCCCCUUUAUCUUUUUACAAAGAAAAAUGUGAUCGGCUGUUUGGGCCAAGAUAAUUACUCUUAUCCAAAAAAGAAAGCCAGCAAUAAAAUCAUUUAUCAGAUCAGUUUUCGUUUUUAGAAAAUCCAGAAAUGCCUCUCAGUUUAUCGAUUUAGAAAUUUUCUUCCAGUAAUUAGACAAGAAAAGACAAGAGAAGUCCAUUAAAAACAACAUCCCUGGCUUUUAAGUCAAGAAUACUGUCCAAUUGGAUAAAAUGUGAUUUUUGAAAUAAUUGAUAAAAUGUUCUGUUUCGAUCCAAACCGAAGUUUUUUUUUUAAAUCAUUUAAACUUUUUCUCCGGCAGAAACUGAAAAAAUUAUAAAAACAAAAGAAUAAUUAGCAGAAUAGCCAAUCAAACGAAAGUAUUAUUAUUCUGUUCCGUUCUUCUCUGUUUUGUUUUUAAUUGGAAAUUGAACUUAAUGAACUUUGUUUUGCAGCACAGGCGGAGUGUUUUCUUGCGACGAUUUACAAAAAAAACAUUUCGAAAUAUUUGUGAAUCAGUAGCGUUAUUAUCACAUAAAUUUCACAUCUGUAUUUAUUCCUAUUUACGGAAGGAUUCGAAGAAAUAAGUCUUGUUAUAA